UAAAGCACUGAAAAAGGGUAUUUAGACUCCAUUUUUAAUACAACAACUGUGGCUCCUGUCAAAAGCGGUUCUGUCGGGCUGCAACGAAAGUGAAACUCUGUUGGCUCCACAUGUCCCGCCCUGACUUCAUGCUUCAAAACAUCGAGAAAGUCAAGCCACGUCACGGGGAAGAAAUUCUGAUAAUGUUGUCGGACUUUGCUUUUAACACUCAAAGGUGACUCUCUCACAGAACUUCCACAGACAUCUCAGAUUGUCUUUUAUCAAUGUCUCGAUAAAAGCAUAACACCAUCAGCAAUCAGAGGAGAAGAAGAGAAACACUUUUAAAAGGCCUGUAUGUUUCGUAAUAGACUGCAGCAUUUGUGUGGUUCUCCUGGGUGUUUUUGAAACCCUUCAGAAAGUGAACGUGAAAAGUAGUUUGCUGGAGCUCUCAAACAGUGAAAAUGGAUUCACUCUCUGCAAAGGAAAUUUCUUGUCCGAUUUGCUGUGAGAUCUUCAAGGCUCCUGUUCUUCUGUCAUGUAGUCACAGUUUCUGUAAAGAGUGUCUUCAACAGUUCUGGGCAACCAAGAGCACUAGGGAGUGUCCUGUCUGCAGGAGAAGAUCCUCAAGGGAUGAUCCUCCGUGUAAUCUUGUGUUGAAAAACUUGUGCGAGUCAUUGCUGAAGAAGGAGAGAAAUGAGGAGGUCUGCAGUUUGCAUGGUGAAAAACUCAAACUCUUCUGUCUGGAGGACAAACAGCCUGUGUGUUUAGUGUGCAGAGAUUCACAAAGACACGUCAAUCACACAUUCAGACCCAUCAGUGAAGUAGUUUCAUCUCAUAAGGAAGAGCUGAAGUCCUUACAAGAAAAACUUAAACACGGAGAGAAAAUUAAAGAAGAGUGUGUGAAAAUAUUUCAACACAUCCAGUGUCAGGCGGAGCACACUGAACGUCAGAUUAAACUGGAGUUUGAGAAGCUUCAUCAGUUUCUCAGAGAUGAAGAAGAGAUUGCAAUCACCUCGCUGACGGAGGAAAAGAAACGGAAGAAUCAGAUGAUGCAGGAGAAGUUUGAGGAGAUCAACAGACACAUCUCAGUUCUUUCAAACACAAUCAGAGACUUGGAGAAGAUGAUGAAUGCCAAUCAAGUUUUGUUUCUAAAGAACUUUCCAGAUGCGAUGGAAAGAGUCCAGAGCUUAGGGCCGGAUCCACAGCUGGCUUCGGGAGCUUUGAUUAAUGUGGCACGUUACCUGGGCAACCUGCCCUUCAGAGCCUGGAAGAAGAUGCAAGACGUUGUCCAAAACACUCCUGUGAUUCUGGAUCCAAACACUGCUCAUCCAGAUCUCCUCUUGUCUGAGGAUCUGACCAGUCUGAUGUGGAGCGCCAGCAGUCAGGCGCUUCCUAAUAAUCCAGAGAGAUUCGAUGAGCACUCCUGUGUUCUGGGUUCAGAGGGGUUUAACUCAGGAACACACUGCUGGGAUGUGGACGUCAAAGAGAGCUCGUCCUGGGGCCUUGGAAUAACUACGGCAUCAAACCAGAGGAAGGGGUAUGAUUUCUUUGACAGCGGUGUGUGGAGUGUGCAGCACAGACUGUUUGAAGCGUCUGGUUUUCCUGUCGUACAAAAGCUGGAGCGGGUGAGAGUUCAGCUGGACUUUGACGGAGGAACAGUGUCUUUCUCUGAUCCUGUAUCUAACAGUAACCUGCACACGUUCACAAGCACCUUCACUGAGACCGUCUUUCCAUUCUUUUAUAGCUUUUCUCAUCUGAAGCUCUUGUAGUCGAGUUGUUUGUGUUGUUGUGAUAAUCAGUGUGGCUGUGAUUGGGUGGUAGCAUUCUGUUACCACAUUGUCAGCAUUGUUAGUUUGACUGUAACAGAAUUGACAGUUUUCUUAAUUUUUUUGCCAAAAACUCCACUUGCUAUCAUAAAUGCUAAGAGCACAUGGUACUACUGAAAUCAUGAUUAAAAGAGUUUUAAAUAACACAAAGUGUGACCAAUGAAAAAUCUGUUUUGCUUUUGAUUUUGUGGUAACAGAUUUGACACUUUAUAAAAAAAAAACUCUUGGUGUAAGAACUUUUUAGAUAUAAAUAUUUUCUCAUUGAGAGCACAUAGAGUUUACAGUGCUUCAGAUCUUAACAGUGAGGGAAAGUGACAUCACUUCCUGUAUCUUACAUAGUUGUGGGAUAUAAUUCCACCAAUUUAAAGACAAAGUGGUGCGGUAACAGAGUUGACGCAAGAUUUACGGACACACCUUUUUAUGAGAAAAAAGUUUUUUUGUAGCAUCUAAUAAAAUAUAUAUUUAACAUAGCAAAUAGUAUAUUUUAGUCAGAAUAAUUGCAUUCUGUUGUGCAGUUUGUUUGAGGCACAUGUUCACGCCAGUGCUCCUUCGGUGAAGUCUGUGAAAUUAUCGGAGACUGCUGUCAGGAUGAGCCUUUAUGCAAAAUGGAAAUACCUGCAUGACUUUCUAAAAUUUACAGAUAAGCACAUAACUGUAAGAUGAGAUGUCUCAAACACUUUAUCUGUCAAAGCAACUGACAGCUGUGUUAAACUAUUUCUAGUACUAUUAAUAUGUUUAACAAGUCACUCCGCUAUCGUUGACUGUCUGGCGGCAUGAAAACACUUAACCACCGUUACAGUGGAAGACUUCAGCAUUAAUUCAACAUAUAUGGUAAAAACAAAUCUUUUUAUCCAUGUAAAAGCGGGAUAAUGUACAUCCAGCCGGUUGUUAUCUCAGAAUAAACCCCGAUGCGAAGGUUGAAAUUUAGUAUCUGUUUGAUUUGGACAUUGUUGUUAACCUGAAAGAUCAACCACAAUAUGGUAAUUUUUUUUUUAAAAAAAAGAGAUAUUUUAUCUAUUGUGUUUCUCUAUAAAUUCAUUGAAAUUAAUUAUAUAAAUAAAUACCAAUUAAAUUGUACAUUUAAUAUCAAUAUUUGUGUAACAGGGUGUCACGAUGUGUUUGGUGGGUUAAUGUGUGUAUGUGUUUAUUAUUACACUCUGCUAUUUCUAAGGCUUGGAACACAGUGAACUAUGAUAAUAAUGUAUAUUAGACAUUUAUGCUGUGCAAAUGAAUAAAAAGCAGGUUUAAAAUGA